CAUCGUACAUAUUCCUAGUUUGUUGUUAUUUCUUUGUGAAAGGAAAUCAGCAGCGACGAUAGCCGGCGAAUAGACAUUAAACUUAUCAUCAUUUCAUCAGGAAAUUGAUUCAGUACUGUAGCUUGAAUAAAUCACACCAGAAAAAUGUCUUUCUUGACCAGAACCUUGCUAAGAACUCUUCCUCAAGUUGGCAAACAACUUGCCAAGCAACAAAAUGUGAAUAACAGCUUCAGACGUCUGUUGCAUCAAACUUCACCCCUGUUGGCUGUCAAAGUUCAACAACCAGCCCCAGAUUUCAAGGGUAUUGCAGUUUUGGGAAACGAUUUCCAAGAUGUUCAGCUCUCCGAUUAUGGCGGCAAAUACUUGGUUUUGUUCUUCUAUCCUCUUGACUUCACCUUUGUAUGCCCCACAGAAAUCAUUGCAUUUAGCGAUCGCAUUCAAGAAUUCAAAGAUCUAAAUGCCGAAGUCUUGGGCGUCUCUGUGGACUCACAUUUUUCACACUUGGUCUGGUCCAAUAUGGAGCGUAAAAAUGGCGGUCUUGGUGGCCUGAAAUAUCCCCUACUAGCCGAUAUUACCAAACAGAUUAGCGCCGAUUAUGGUGUCCUUUUGGAAAAUGAAGGCAUUUCCUUGCGUGGUACAUUCAUCAUUGAUCCCAACGGUGUUGUGCGCCAAUAUUCCAUCAACGAUUUGCCUGUUGGUCGCUCCGUCGAUGAAGUCUUGCGUUUGAUUAAAGCAUUCCAAUUUGUGGAAAAACACGGUGAAGUUUGCCCCGCCAAUUGGAAUCCCGAAUCGAACCCUGACACAAUUAAGCCCGAUGUCGAACAAUCCAAAGAAUAUUUCAAUAAGCAUGGUUAGAUUGUUUUGGGAGCGUGAUUGCUUGAAGUACUUCUAAGAAAUCCUUCACUCAAUCCAUGCAAGUUAUCUCGAUUUGGUUUUGAAAAAAAAUUCAAGUUUUUUAAGUUUAUUUUUAGAUUGUGCGAAUAAAUAAAGAGACGGCGAAAAAGGAAAAUCCAAAGUAAAUAACAAA